CCCUCCCCCCUCGUGUCUCUGUGCAUAUUCCUCUUACGUACGCCUGUGCACGCGCACAAAACAGCGACGAUGCGCCAGAUACCGAGCAAAACAAGCGCUAUAUCGGCAUAAAGGCUCUAAUAAAUCAUGUGAUAGUCACUCAGAAGCAGGAGAAUGGGGCUGCGGUUGGUGGAAAAGGGGCACCACAGCAAGCGGAUGGUUGUAUUUGUAGCGAUCUUCCUCAUCACGACCCUCUUCAUUCUCUACAACUCCAACAGUGCAAAUGAGUCGUACGAGGCUUUUAAAUUGGCAGGGUAUAACAGUGCCACCAAAACCACUGACCUGAAGAAAUGGGCUGGAAAAGAUGGCUAUGUUCCUGUUUUUGGCAACAAGAGUCUGACCCUACACUGCGGCCAGUGUGUCCUGGUGACAAGCUCAAGCCAUGUACUGGGCACCGCCGCUGGAGCAGAGAUUGACCGCGCCGAGUGUGUGAUCCGCAUGAAUGAUGCACCUACAUCUGGGUUUGAGGCUGAUGUGGGUAAUAAAACUAGCCUUCGUGUUGUUGCUCACUCCAGUGUGAUUCGUCUCGUCCGAAAACCCCAAGAGUUCCUCAACUGCUCUGAAUGCCCAUCUGUCAUCUUCUGGGGUCCGCCCACAAAGAUAGGACGCGAUGCCAAUGGUGCUCUCUACCGGCUGAUCCAUCGUGUUGCUGCCACGUACACCAACCUCACAACCUUCGCUGUCACACCGAGCAAAAUGCGCAAGUUCGACGCACUCUUUCAUAAAGAGACUGGCCGAGACAGACAGAAGUCUCAGUCAUGGCUGAGCACUGGCUGGUUCACCAUGGUCAUCGCUAUAGAGAUCUGUGACAAAAUUAAGGUUUAUGGGAUGGUCCCUCCCAACUACUGUGGGAGGCAUCCUCAGCCCAAAAGAAUGCCAUAUCACUACUAUAAACCCCGAGGGCCAGACGAGUGUGUAACGUACCUGCAGAAUGAGAGGGGCCGCCGUGGAAAUCACCAUCGCUUCAUCACUGAAAAACAAGUGUUUGCUCGAUGGGCCAAACUCUACAAUAUCAGCUUUGUACACCCCACCUGGUGAGAAAUGGAUAGCAAAAGGCUGCCAGGCUCAUUCCUGGAGAUCCAAUAUGGCCACCAGCCCAAGUCUCAGCCUAAUGAGACAUUGAUCUAAAAUGGCUACCAGCCACAAUAUCCUUCCAGUGGGAAACCGUCAGCCUCACUUUUAGCUCAACAAGAGAAUGGUCCAACAUGGCCCACAGCUUCAAUCUCCAUCUAAGGAAAAGUGUUAGUUUCACUCUCAGCCUAAUGACAAAAUGAUCCAAAAUGGUGUCCAGGCCCAAACUAAGCCUAAUGAGAAACUGCUUUAACAUGACCACCUGUCCAAGCUGUUGAGAUAGAGUCAAAUGGCUGCUUAUUUUACCCAAAGCCUAAAGAGAGAUUAAACCAAAAUGGCUGCUGGUUUCACCUAUAUUACCUGCUGAAGCACUGAUACAAAUUGGCCACUGGUUUCACACUGUCCGUCAGAUGAGAAAUUGUACAGACCUUCUUAUAGAUCUGGUCGAGCUGAACACUCUGAGUUUGAAAAUGGUGCAUGCUUAGACUUUUGGGAGUGUCAUCUCUUCAUUAUACAGUUUAGUCAUUCUAAAGCCUAUAAUAUACAAUAUAUACCAAUAAGUUUAUUUAAACAGAUUUUACAUUUUUAAAAUUUAUCAAAUAAAAUGGGAAAAUUAUGAUAGAGUUGAUGUUAUUGCAAUAAUCAGCAAAGUGGUGCUGAGUACUUCUUUUUGUAUCAUAAAAUUCUAUUUUAAAAUAUUGCUACAUAUUCAUAUUUUAAAAAUGCCAUUAAGAGCCCAACAAAACAACUUCCCAUGAUUGGUAUUUUUAGACUGCACAGAUUUUCAAUGGGGAGAGGGCCUUCAGAAAUUCAGAAAAUCCUGGAAUGGAAUGUGUGUAAUUAGUAUUGGCACCCAAUUUGAAGUUUCUAGGUAGAAGCUGUUUAAAAAGAGAGAGAGACAGACAGACAGAGACAAACAUAGAGAAAGAGUGAGAGACCCUGAGAGCUUUAGGUACGAGACCCCCAGUGAACAUUGGGACAGUGGCCAGAAUUUCAUGUUUUGUUGCCAACAUUUCUAAAAGCAUUUGUAAUUUUUUUUAACCCAAGCCUUUACUUUCCAUUGUAACCUUACUAUUAUGGGACCUUUUUAUUUAUUUUAUUCUAUUAAUUAUUAUUUUAACGGUUUUUAGAUUGAUCAUUCUCUUUCUGGGUUCAAUAUUUCAAGAUGGACUGCAAUCACUGCCCACCUAUUGUGCCAGCACAUGCAAUACAUUCAAAGACAAAAAGUCGAGUAUUUUAAUACAAUGAUUUUGUUCUAAUUUUAUUAGCUAAGGCUCCAGAGCUAGAACAAUGUUACUCACAAAAUUCUAGACAGGUGAUUCAUUCAGCUGAGAAUCAUUCAAAUUGUAUUCAUAAAAAAAGGUUCCUGUGCUCAUAACUAGAGUGUCUGUUAUCUCAACAUAUUCAAAAAUGUGCUGCAAUGCCGAAGUUGUGAAAUUUUUUUUUCCAGAAUAAACUGAACAGACAAACAAAUGCAAAAGGUAUAAGAAAGGAAGAACAUUUUAAAUCAUACCAGGACAGGGCAUUUGGUGUGUGGAAAAGCCUGGAGUUUAUAGCAGUCUGGUAUUGCUGUUACAUUUAAGAUGGUUGGUUUAAUUCUUACACACAUAUCUACAAAUAUCAUUACACCAUGUUUUGUAUUAAGUGUCUGACUAAAUGAGUUUGUUUGCAUGGCACUACACAAAAUGCUAUUGCCUAGCUUUGGCAGUGAUCUGACUGGAAUGGGGUUGACCAUCGCUGUCUGUGGAUGUUCUCUGUCUGCUUAUGACCCAUGACCUUUGAUCUCUGACUAGCAGUAUUGGGAAUGUUUGUAGGUCUAACUUACGACCUGGGUUAUACUUCUGCAUUGAUGCGACAUAGAGAGUUUAUCGGUAUGCAUGGCACACAGAAAGGCUUUGAUGCUCUGGCUUGCUUUCCUUCUAGGAAGCUAACUGUGCAUUGUGAAUAUCUAUGGUGCUGUGCGUCAGCCGUCCUACACGUGAAUACUGAUUGGUUGAUGGGGAGUUGUGUCCGGCUGCGUAGCCAGAAACAUUGUAAUGAGAUGUUUUGACCCUUCUUCUGUGGAUUUUAUCAAAGUUUUCAGUUUAAUAUUGCUCCAAAUACAUCUCAAGCGUAAACAAUUAAAUCUUCUCUUAUCACAUUCAGUACUCUCCAUCUUCUAUAGCCUGGAGACAUGCUUGUGAUCCCCGACCACUUUUUUGAAAGUGUAGUCUAUUAAUAAUCUUAUACAUAAACAGCUCACGACAGAAACUGAUGAAAAACAAUUUUUUAAAAAGUAUCAGUGAAGACAUAUUCAUGCUGCUAGAUUGUCAGGCUGGUGUGUUUAAUAAAAUGUCUCCUCGAUGAUAAAACUCAUGCAUGGACAGGUGGAAAUGAACACGAGCCACUGGCCAGUUUAAUCAGUCUGCAGGAUCACAUUCUACUUCCUGUUUUCAUCUAACAGACUCCCAGUAAAGAUGCAAUGUAGGUGAUGCAAACCAUAGCAACUCAAUCUAAAGCAUCCAUCAUUCAAUAAUUGCUAGAAUGGUGGAUUUAAACAAUAGUUAAAUUAAAUUGUUUCAAUAUAUGAGCCACUUGAUAACUACUGAAUACUGAUGAGUGAAAACACAAGUAAAAAAAUGCUUCUAGUGAAAAUAGACUUGAUUUAUUGUUGAUCAUGAAAGGCUUCCUUUUUCCCUUCAGGACUUUUCAAAACAAAGUAAUGCCUUCUAUUUAUUAUUCCUACUAUGAAACACAGAAUUCUCCUUUGUUUUUGGGUUCUGAGACUUUUUUGAGGUCUUGUUUCCAUCAGUUCUGGUUUGGUUCAUGUGACACCGCCCCUGUGAGUAUGAAGAAAUCUUUACAUGUGAGUAUGAAGAAAUCUGCGCACGAUGCCCUGACACGCUCAUUGAUAAGCAUGCGCAGAACUAUAAACCAACCGUAAGAUGUAAAGCAUCUCAAAGUGAUGAUCUAGAAUUAACCAGAAGCCAAAGCCAGUUCAUUGUUAAACAGUCUACAGCAAUCAGCAACCAAUCCGUGGGCAUGUGUGGGCAUUGUAAUCAGAUGGAGGCAUAGGUGUCUGCCAACGUACGUGACAUGUAUAACAUGAAACAAGUCGUAUGAACCAAACCUAAGAAUGUACAGAAAAAGAGCAAAGAAGAAAGCCUUACACUGCAGACACAAAGUACUGGAUGCCAUAAAGAAGAAUUUAGUUGUUUACAUUGUACUCGAGUAUCAUUUGUGGAUCCAUUUUUGCUUUUGUACAAGUCCUGGUUUGGGCUGAGGAUUGUGUCGUGUUAGCGUCUUGUACCAACCCCAAUUCUAGCAAAUACACGUUCCUGCUCAACCUAUCAGAGUUUAUUUGAUGCACAGCAACUCCGAUUUGCACUAUAACUAUAGCUGAGGUUCUCGAUAUUUGCACUGACUCCUUAUGAGUCUUUAUUUCAUACACUAUAAACCUCUUCUCUGCGUCUCUGGUAGUUGAACAUAUAGAAAUUAGGCUGAAAUAUGCUGGAGUUGUCCUUUAAAUCCACUGCUGGAGUGCCAUAACAUUUAACAAAUGACCACUUUCCCUACUCUUACACACUCCAUUUUUUUUAUUGGGUAUGUGAACAAAGAAAAUACAUGGCCAACUGCAUGGCAUGGGAGUAGGACUUGGGAGACAGGAAUGAUAUGAAGAAUGUAAAAUGAUCCAUAUGGUUAUUAAUAAUCUGACUGUUUUUUGAUGUCUUCUCCAAAUUAUGUGUCUUCAUCAAUGUUCUGU